GCGCUUCACGUCGUAUCUUCUCUCUCAACUGACCCUGAUGCUACUUGUUUCCUGAUUUUGUCGCCUGGCGCAGGUUGGCUCUCUCUGAAGUCGGAUCCCAUCGGUGUCGUCACUAGUUGCGGUAGAGGGAGACCGAAGAGUCGAAGACCAACUUUUCACACAAGAAAAAGGGGCGUCGAUAAAAAUAAUGGUAGUGGAGGAGAGAUGGUGCGUGGUGACGGGAGGGAGAGGAUUUGCUGCGCGGCAUUUGGUGGAAAAGCUCAUCGCCUACGAUAUGUUUUCCGUGCGGAUCGCCGACUUGGGCCCCACCAUUGACCUUGAACUAACCGAGGAGAAGGCCCUCGGCGAAGCCUUACGCUCUGGCCGCGCCGUGUAUGUUCAUACCGAUCUCCGAAACAAGGCCCAUGUGGUGAAAGCAUGUGAAGGAGCGGAGGUCGUAUUCCACAUGGCUGCGCCAAAUUCAUCGAUUAACAAUUAUCAGCUGCAUCAUUCGGUGAAUGUGGAAGGGACAAAAAAUGUUAUUGAUGCUUGCACUGAGCUAAAAGUGAAGAGAUUGAUUUAUACUAGCUCUCCUAGCGUGGUCUUUGAUGGGAUUCAUGGGAUUUUCAAUGGGGAUGAGUCGUUGUCAUAUCCGGCUAAGCACAACGAUUCGUAUUCAGCAACUAAAGCUGAAGGAGAGGCAUUGGUAAUCAAAUCAAGUGGGACUAAUGGACUGUUAACAUGCUGUAUACGUCCUAGCAGCAUUUUUGGCCCUGGAGAUAAAUUGUUGGUUCCAUCUUUAGUUGCUGCUGCAAGGGCGGGGAAAUCUAAGUUCAUUAUUGGUGAUGGAAACAACAUUUAUGACUUUACUUAUGUUGAAAAUGUGGCACAUGCCCAUAUAUGUGCUGAGCGAGCUCUUGCGUCGGAAGGGAUGGUUGCAGAAAAAGCUGCAGGGCAGGCAUAUUUUAUCACCAACAUGGAACCUAUAAAAUUUUGGGAGUUUAUUUCGCUUAUUCUGGAAGGACUUGGCUACGAGGGGCCAAGAAUAAAGAUCCCUGCCUUUGUCAUGAUGCCAAUUGCACAUAUGGUGGAGUGGACAUAUAGGCUGUUUGGCCCAUAUGGGAUGAAGGUUCCACAAUUGACACCUUCAAGAAUAAGACUCCUAUCUUGCAGCAGAUCUUUUAAUUGUUCAAAAGCAAAGGAUCUACUUGGCUAUGAACCCAUUGUCUCCCUUCAGGAUGGUAUAAAGAGGACAAUUGAGUCAUACUCACACUUGAGGGCUGAUCAUCUACGCAAAAGAGAAGGACCUUCGAGAGCUUCCGUAUAUCUUGGAAGUGGAAGGGUUGCUGACAUGUUACUCUGGAGGGAUAAAAGGCAGACACUUACUGCUUUAUUACUAUUGAUUGCAAUUUACUACAACUUCAUUGCAUCUGGAUUUAUCCUCCUAAGCGGCCUCUCAAAGCUUCUUUUGGCAACCUCAAUAUUCUUGUUUAUCCAUGGCAUUUUACCAGAAAAGAUAAUGGGAUAUACAGUGGAGAAAAUACCCCCAUCACGUUUUUAUUUGUCAGAAGAGAAGUCGAGAAGAGUAGCUUCAUCGGUGGCAUCAUCUUGGAAUGCUGCUGUUAAUGUUUUAAAGUAUCUUUCGAUGGGAAAGGACUGGGUUCUGUUCCUUAAGGUUGUUCUCUCUCUAUUGCUUCUUAGCUUCCUUGGAACCAUUUCACUUCAGAGCUUUUUUGUCAUAGGACUUCCAGUUGCCUUUAUAGCCUUUUAUGUGUAUGAAAAAAAGGAGCAGGAAAUCGAUUCUUUGGUUCUGGGAACUCUUUCUCUCGGACGCAAGUUGAAGUCAGAUGUUGUCAAGAAAGUUGUUACUUCCAAGAAGAGUGAUUGACCUUCCGGUAGCUCAAAUUUUCCUUCAACUAAGAUGUGGUGCUAUCAUUUGUUAUCUUAUCGUUUGGAGCCAUUUGCCUGAUGCUUUGAUUAUUUGAAAAAGGGUCUCAUGGACAUGUGGUUGCUUUCUGGUUGCUGUUAGCCUGUUUGUAUCUGAGUACGGUUUAUGUAAGUCUUUGGAGUAGAUAAGGUGUUCGAUAUGUUUGAGCACCCCAUGACUAUUCUCUCCCUUUUUGGCGCUCGACCAACACACUUCCCAAUUGAUGAGGUCUUGACUGAUUUGUUAUGAUUUUUUUUAGUUACAUUGUAUGUUCUUGCGCUUUAAUGGACCAUUUCCCUUUAUUUCAGUGGAAAGUGAUGCAUGAAGAAGAGUUUGGAUUUA